UUGACUUUUACACGUGGUCAGUGGCUAAUAAUCAAGAUUGUCAAUGAUAAUUUAAAAAUUAUAGGCGAAAACAAUAAGUUUGUCGAUUUUUCGCUCUAUUAGGGCUGUUUUUAUCAUUAUCCAAUUUUGUUGAAACUGGACAAGACGCACGGUGGGUGUUUGUUGGAAAAAUGGGUGCAAUUGGAGCGCGUGUGACAGUCGUCGGCAUGUGAACGGGGCAUAAGUGAGCAGUGAUCUCAUUCCACGUAAACAUUCCAGUGCAGGGUUAAUACACGACCCGAAUUAUUAUUGUCAGGGUUUGUCGGAAAAAAUCUGAUAUUUCAAUAAUAAUGUUCAAAAAAUUUAAAGACAAAUUGGCCGAAGAAAUGAAACAAUCUCCGUCCCGGCUGCAAGCUGGCAUGCAACAACUCGCCCAGGCCGUUAUUUCUCCGGCCGCCUCCAACAAUCUCAUUCAAGACCUAACAACAUCGGUUGAUGACCUGAAUUUAACCACAGAAGAAGCUGAAACGGUCCCUAACAAUUCGGCGACAAGUCAAUUUCAAAGCAUAGAUUUACAGUCUUCAAAUUCGAUGGAACGCUCGCGGCGAUCAUCCUUCAGUAGUGUAACUAGUGAGAAUUUUUUCCCCACGUAUGAAAGCCCAGGAAACUUGUAUCACCUACAGUCAGACAUGGAACAGUCAGCGAGCGAAUUUGAGGACGGUUCGUCACCAUUGAGUGACCUCAUGGUGAAAGAACAAGUAUUUGCCAAAUACAACAAACUGAGGACCAAAUACACAAAAUAUCGUGCAGUCUAUCGAGAGCUGUACAAAGAGAAUAUGAAGAUGAAAUCAGUUCUAGUAGAGACACAGGAUAAAGCAUUGAGGCGAAUAGCUAAUCUCAAGGAACAAUGCCAGCUUGAACAGGAGGCCAAAGCGCACCUGGAAGAAGCUUUGAGAAACGAUAUAGAAGAAAAGGAUCAUCUCAUAAACACCCUGAACACAAAAAUUGAACUGUUGCAGAGCAACGAAACAAGCGGUGAAUCUUUAUCAACUUCAGAAGCUGAAAUGCACAGUGAAAAAAGUAACUUUGAUCUCCUUACUGAAUCAAUAACUAUGCCAACAAAUGCAAAUGAUAGUUUGAUAUCUGAGAAUGCAUCGUUAAAAGAGAGGAUAAAGAAAUUUGAAACCCUACUUGCCAAGUGCAACGAGUCUCUCAAAAGAAACAAAGAGAAAAUUGCUCAGCUGACGGAAAAUCGAGAUAUAUUGGAAAGGGAUUUGAACAUAUUGAGAAAUACCAAUGAGGAACGAAGGGAUAUGCUUGAAAGCGAAAUAUACAAGGCUAAACACGAGAUAUUGUCGCUGAAUGAACAGAUCGAAGUGCUUAAGAAACGGGAAGAAGAUUCAGCUCUUUCUUUGGCUGAAAAUAAGUUAUUUAUACACAGGGAACUCGAAGUAAAGGAAGAGCAGAAUAAACGGUUGGAACAAGAAUUGAAAAAGAUCACAGAGUACAAAGAUAUUCUUGCCGAAGCCGUUGUCAAUUAUGAUCGCGAAUUCAGACAGUUUGGCGUAGUUAUAAAUGAUCGAAAUGUGGAACCUGAUAAGAAAUUAACUCAGCUCAAAGAUUUAUUCACGAGUAAAUCUGAUGCUCUAAAACUUGUACAGCAAGAUGUUAAGCAAAAGUUCAGGGGGGCUGAGCAAGAAAUGAGGUCUAAACAUGACAAGGAAAUGAAUCCUAUUAUAGAGAAUUCAACCCCUGUUCGACAAGGUGUAAAUGAAACUGAGGAGAUUAGUAGAUCAAGCGACGAAAUUGAAAUUCAAAAUGCACAACUUUUGGGACUAACAACAGAACUGAAAUCGUGUAAAUCAACAAUAAAUGAUCUGAAAGAAAUGCUUCGAGAGGUGACAAUGGAUGGGGAGCAAGUUAAGAAAGAAAAAGAAUGCCUGAUUGCCAAUAUAUUGCAUUAUAAAAAAACUCUUUGUAAACUAAAGCAAGAUUGCAAUUCCAUAAAGGUUGAAGCAAAAAAGAAUUAUUCUGAACAAGAAUCGAUGAUACACUCAGUCAGCAAAGAGUUUUCAAAAAUAUAUCAAUCUGCUCACACAGCUGCAAAAAAAGAGGAGACAAAAGCUUUGCAAGAAGAGUAUGAUACAGCAUCGAGUGUAGAACUGAAAACGAUUAUAAACGACAAUAACGCGCUGAGAAAAAAGUGCGAGCAGCUGAUGGAGCAGAAUGAGGAAAUGUUGACCAAAGUAAAUGAUUUUGAUGGUGUAAAUUCGAAAAAUAUUAAACUUAUCUCCGAAAUUGACGAACUUAAUUUCAAAAUGCGAGAUAUCGCAGAGCUACAAGAAGCUCAAGACAAAAUGCAACAAGAAAUGGAAAGUUUGAGGAGUAAAAUGCCGUUUAGUAACAAUACUGCGAAUAAUAAUGACCACUUUUCCAAUGAAGUUGCUUUAUUAAAGGAAAAAUUAAAUAAUUACGAUGCUCUGACUCAAGACAACACAGCUUUGAAACAGCAAUUGGUUGAUUUGAAAAAUGAAUUAGCUGCAGCUUUGAAUAACAUGGAAGUAUUAAAGUCCACACAUGUAAAAAACUUGGAUCUAGGCGUGGAAAAUUUCACUAAAAACUGCGAAGUCUAUGAGAGCACAAUAACAAAUCUGACGAGUAAAUUUACAGAGCAGACUCGGCAGCUUGAAAAGUUGCACGAAGAAUUGAGAAAGCAAAAAGAUAACUUCCGCGAUUUAAGCGAUAAAUUAGAGGUUCGAAAUUCAGAGUUCAAAGAGGCCAACGAGACAUCUGUAAAACAGGUUCUGGAACUAAAAAACUUGAAUGAAAAGCACAAAACGCAGUGCGAUGAGAUUGAGGCCCUUCGAGAAAGGGACACAGAGAUACUGAGACAGCUGGAUGAAACUGUUAAAGUUAGACAAGACAUGGUUACUAAAUUUAACGAACUUGAAUCGUGCAAGAAUAACAUUAUUGAUGCAAAAACCAAGGAAUUUGAAGAGCUUAAAUUGAGAUACGAAAGAUUGCUAAUAGAUUUAGAAUCGUCUGAGGAAACGAAAACCGAAUCUGUGAUUAUGAAAACAGACGAAAUUGCAGCCUUGACUAGAGAUAAAGUAGAAUUGGUCAAAGAAAUUGAUCAAUUGAAUAGCCAAAAUGAAGAAAUUUCGAUUCUUAGAAGUGCUAAUGCCACUCAGCAGCAGGAAUUGGAAACAUUGAAAAUAAACUACAUGGAACUAACUGAACAGAACAAAGAAUUAAAAGAGGAACAAAACAAUUUAUUAAAAACAAUCUCUGGAUUGGAACUCUCCGAAAAUAAAUUGAAGCAGCAAAAUGACGAGUUGCAAGUUAACAUUUCAAAAUUAGAGAAUGAUCUCAAAUGCCUACAAGAAAAACUUGAGGCAGAGAUGCAUAAUAUCAAUGAAAGUAAGCUGUUACAGAUAGAAUUACAAGAUGCUAAAUCAAAAAUUCAAAACACUCAGUUACAGAAUGCGGAAUUAUGUAAUACAGUUGCUGCACUUCAAUUAAAAGAAAAUUCACAGGCAGCUCUGAAAGGCGAACUUGACACAAGUAAUAAAUUGUUGACUUCUCAAGUAAAAGAUUUACAGUCCCAAUUACAUGAGUUUGAAAAUCUACGACGAGCAAACGUUGAACUAGAGAAGGUAAUAGAAAAUUAUAACUCACAAAUUCAAAUACUCAAUAUUGUAAAAACAGAAAAUGUCGAACUCCAGAAAGAAAUUGCACAACUGAAUGGAAAGAUGAAAAGGUUAUCAGAUUUUGAGGUGGAAAACCGGAAUUUGAACAUCCAAAUUGAAAACUUAAAAUCUAGUAUAUCUGAACAGGAGAUUUGCAAGUCAGAGAACCAGCAAUUGCAUAGAGAAUUGGAGAUUUCACACAAAGCAAAAGAUGAAACUUCGAAGGAGGUCCAAGAUUUAUUAGAAGAGAAUGAAAAGUUAAAUUCACAGGUCGAAAAUUUACAAUCCUCACUAAAUCAAAAAGAUGCAGAGUUGGAUUCAACGGAAAGCAAAAACGCAGAGCUGCUGUGUAAACUGGAAACAAUAAACUCCGAUCAACUAAAGAGCUUGGAAGAUAAAUCGAAAACAAUUAGUGAAUUAGAAAAUAGGGCUAAGGAUUUUGAAAACAAGUUCAUCGAACAGCAAAAAGAAGUUGAAGCGUUCAAAAUUAUCAAUGAAGAUCUUGCGGAUCAAUUGAUAAAAAUAAAUGCCAAUCAUUCUAAGAUUUUGAAAAAUGAAACAGAAAAAAAUAUCAAGCUAGUGAAAGCUGCAAGCGAAUUUGAGAAUACGGCUGCCACAUAUCAGCUAGAAGUUGAAGCAUUGAAAAUGAUGAACCACGAACUAAAUGAUAAGUUAAAGAAAAUAAAUUCUGAUCAUUCCAAGACUUUGGAAGCCACGACGUUAAAAAUAUCCGAACUAGAAAAGACAGUGAAUGACUUUGAAAUAAAAUUCGUCAAGAAACAGCAAGAAGUACAGGCAUUAGAAACAUUAAACAAAAAGCUACAUAAUCAACUGGAGAAAAUAAAUGCCGAUCAUUCGAAGGAUUUAGAGAAUAACUUGAAAACAAUUACCGAACUAGAGAAAGCGGUCAAAGAUGGUGAGAACAAAAUAAUAGGUCGACGAGAAGAAGUGGAGGCACUGGAAACUGCAAAUAAAGAUUUGAGGGAACAACUGUUGAGUAUUAGCCAAAAUAAAAAUGCCGAUGAAGUUUUAACAAUGAAUUGCAAUAGAUUACAGGAUGAAAAUAAAAAACUGCAAACUCGGGUGGACGAGGCGGUCUUACUGUAUGAAACCAAAGAGUCCCAAAUACAAAUGUUAACCAACGAAUUGAAACAGCAGACAGAAAUGAUGUCAGAAAAGUUCAAAACAAAUGAAGAAGAACAGUUAAUGAGGAUAAAACAACUGGUCAAAGAAUUCCAAGCACAAAUACACGAUAAGGACGAUCAGAUUCAAGCGGCAUUGGAGAAACGUUUUGAGCGCCAGCAAAAUUAUGAAUCUGAAUUGAUUCAACAAUACAAGGAACAACUCAAGGACUUUCAGGUUGAGCUUACAGCGAAGUCUGAACAAAUUGAAAAUCUAAUUAUGGAUAACAAGGAAACGAUCCAGGCUUACAAGGACCAGAUAGAGGAACUUACUCAAACAAUAGACGAAGUUAAGAAGGAGCACACUAAUGAGCUACAGAACAUCGAACGAAAUUGGAAAAGUGUAUUACAACAAAGGACCGAUCAGCUCGAGAGUAAGCACAUGGAUGAAGUUAACGAACUGACAAAAGAAUGGUCUAAUGAAAGAAAGGCUGCUGAAAACUGUGAUACUUCUGCAGGGGAGUUGGAGAGCACGUCGCACGUUGCAAUGGCUACCAUACAAUCCAACACGGGAUCCCUUCACUCGUUGCAACAAACGUUAAUAUCGCAAAAGCGGGAGCUUGCGGAGCUUCGCAAAUUGUUGAGGAUACGAAAUGACAGUUUGGAAGGAUCUACGGAAAUCGAAUACCUCAGAAAUAUUCUUUUCGAGUAUAUGAUGGGGAGGGAAACUCUAGUUCUCACGAGAGUGAUAUCUGCCGUUGUUAAGUUCGACCAGGAGCAGACUUCAAAAGUACUUAAAAAGGAAGAAGACAAAUUGACAUUGCUCGGUUCGCUCGGUUUGUUAUAACUCAAGGUAAAUAAAAUCUCGGCUUAAUGCCCGCUGAGUGAUUGCAUGUAAGAUAGUGGUGCAUUAUGUGAUUAUUUAUUCGACUACCUUACGAAAUCUUUACUUCUAACUAAUCUGUUGCUGGCCGAAUUUGCGUAAUUUGUUUAUAAUGAAUUGUGCAAUGAUCAUUAACAACACAGUAAUUCUGUGCUGAGUAUUUUAAAGUUAUAAGUUCGUUUAGUUGUUCACAAGAGAGAAAUAUAAUAGGAUAAGAUGCAGCGCUAAUAUCACUGCUACAAUUAAAAUUGGCACUAGGAACAUAUAUGAAGUAAUGGAAAAUCUUUUACAAAUAGUAGGUAAUUAUACAUACGCGACUCUAAUGCAAAGCUUUGUACAAAUAAUUUACACAAUCCAAUGUAAGAUUUACAUGUAUGUAUGUUAAUACCUGAUGUAUAGUUUCUAAAUUAAAAGAAAUAUAACACGUAGAUAUUGUGUGAAGAUCAAAACCAAGAUAUUAUAUAGACUCAGACAGAGUGUUUUAUAUAGAAUUUUCAAUUAGUCAACUACUAGCAACAAAUGUAUUAUUUAUUAAACAGGAAAUAAAUUUAAUAACAUUUUAAAGAAA